AUGCUCCCGAUCACCUCGAAUUUGGAGCCGACGACGCAACGCAACAAGGGAUGGCUACUGGUCUAUGUCUGCUCCGGCUACCUCGCCGGACGUUGUAUGAACCCAGAUUGCGAUUGGGCACAUCCAGCGCCGUUGCUCAUGGACCAGGAGCGGAAAAGGAAAUGGCAGCUUGAAAGUCUGUUGGCUGCGGCUCGAACGCGAUACGAAAUUGAACAAACUCUAGCCGCUCAAUCGGAUAGCGCUGGAUGGGCCGCAUUUAGUCAAUCGUUUCAAGGCGAUGAGAAUUCGAAACCGGCUGCAUCUGUUGUGCAAAGCAACAUCGCCAUCCGCGAGACCUCUGGGCCGCGUUUGAGCAUCGGGUCCUGCAUACGGCCUCGGCGACCCAGGUCAAAACUCGUCGCCGGAGUGGCCGAGAUGGUUCCUGAAGCCGUAGAAAUCGGCGAACAAGCAGAGAAGGGCCAAGAAAUGGUAGAGCAACGGCCGGAGGACGAGGACCCGCAAAACCCUAAUGCCCAUGCCGAAGUUCCCGUUGCUGGACACGAUGCAGAUCUUGAGGUCGCCGGAGAUGAACAGAUCUCCAUGGCGGGUCAAGCUGAGGAUGUUCAACAGCUACAAGGAGAAGAUCAGGCUUCGAGGCCGGAGACUGUUUUCAAGGCGACGUCACUUGUUAAGAAACGAUGCAAGCGUGGGAAGUACAUACGGAAGCCGAAGUUCGGAAAGGUUGAAGCUGGAGAAGUGCCACUAGCGACUCGCGCUGGAAGCAUUGAACCGUUGCAGGCAGCUUUGGAUGCACCAACGCCUGGGGCUUUUCCUCAAAAGAAGGUAAUCCGGAAGAGGACACUGAAGCCGGCAAACAACCCGAGGAAGAAGAAGCUCAAGCUCAGCGAGGUCGAGCCUCAGAUUCAGCAUGAAGCCGAUGAGACGGUGGCCGCUGAACAAGUCGAACCAGUUAACGUUGAAGAACCUGCUGAGGGACUGACAACGAGGUCUGGAAAGAUCUGCAAAGUCCCUUCGCCGCUGUGCCGGAAGUAUGGACCUAGAAAGGGGCGGCGAAACCUGAAGCCAGGAUUUCAAGCCAAGCCGCUGCGUGCCGUAUUGCCUCGCAAAGCCAAGCAAGAAGUUGGGCCUCCUGCUGGCAGUAGACAUGGUGCUGACGAUGCCCAAGAAGAGCAAGGCGCCCAAGAAGUUCAACGAGUUCAGCAGCCAACUUCUAGCCGCAUUCAGCUUGCUACUCCGACCACUUCUGAAAUGACCUCGACAAGGAUCAAACUCGGGAGAGGAAAAUAUCAACGCAAGAAGAAGCUGCUGACGGAGCCUGCCGGAGAAGCUGAACAAGUCCAAGCUGAAGGCGAAGCCGUAGACCAACAUAUGCACAAACAACCCCUGUCCUCUGGCGAUAGAGGCGACAUCGAAGAGAUGGUCCGGGCGCACGUCGCCAAGCUGGUCUAUGCGACGGGGGCGAGACCCAACGAUCCUGGCCAAAUCGAUAUGGAUGCAUUACUCGAUGAAUGCGUUCGUCAUUGCUCUACACGAUUGGAGAAGAUGAUGCGCGAACGUCUUGCUCCUGAGCCUCCGGCUCACCAGGCUCGCAACUUCCAAAUGCAAAAACUGAACAAAGCUGCCGUUGCUUCCGAGGAAGGAGCGCCAGCUCAGCCCCCAUUUUUCCAGGUUGGUGAACAACACCUCGACCAGGAUGCCCAGAAACCGAAACAACUGUUCUCCUACUUUGGAGACGAAGACCCGGAAACCCCAACCAAUCAGCAGCCUGGAUGGCUAGGUGUCGAUUGGUGCGCCGCGUCGCCUCCUGCCCUCCAGGAUCCGGGCGAGCAGGACUUGGAGCACGAGGAUCAGCCUCGUGAUCUCGUCGAGGUUCCGGAAACCGCAGCAGCUCAUCCAGCUGAGGACGAUGUUGAGCUAGCAGACGAGGAAGCUGAUCCUAACAUUGAUCAACACCCGGUUGUCGAUGCCACGGAGGAACUUGAGGAACCCGAACUGGCAAAGCUAUCCCAAAGCCAAGCUUCUCAACCGGAGCCGGAAAAUGAAGAACAGUCUGACGCCGAUGAGCUUGCAGUUGUAAAAGCCUGCUUGGACGUCAUAAAUCAAAUUUGUGGCGUGAAUACGGACGGUGCCGACGGGACCAAGAUGGAUUUUGAUGGCCUUGUUCUGGUUGAGGUUCCGCGAUGCCAGGCCGGUCAAGAAGGACAGCCGAUGGCUACGGACCCGAACAUGAAUGCCGAAGAAAACGAGAAUGAAAGCCACAACUUCGCCGAGGUUGCGAAAAUCGACGAAGUCCUCGAAGCGGACAAAGCAAGCUGCGAUGUGAAUGGAAAUGAUGGCAUCGUUGAACAAGAAGAAACCGCACAUGUGCCCGUUUUGAAUGCUGAAGAUGCUGAUCCUCCUGUGCAGCAUCUGUCGGCAUUUCCACUUGGCUACGACCACGAUUAUUGUCGACGGCAGGACGAACCAGUGGCAGCCCCCAAGAGCCAGGAAACCCAGCUGCUAUCGAAAAAUGCAGAACAGCUUGACGGCGAUGAUCAACCAACUGAUGAUGACUGCGUUGACAUGAGGGGCCUUGUUGAAAUCGUGACGGCUGCCGCUGUCGACGACGAAAAAACUGCUGCUCUUGAUGCUGAUGUUCGGCUUGAGGAGCCGCUUUCCGAGACCGGCCAAGAAGUACAGGAGCCCUCCAUGGACCUCAACAUGGGGCACGACGAGGCCGAGCAGGAGGAAGCUGUGGAAAUUCAGACGCUGGAGGACGAGGUGGAUAUU